AUGAAAACCGCUGAUAGUACAACUACACCUACAUUACUUAUGUCAUCACCAUUAAUAUUAAAACAGAAUAAACCAACGAAACCUUUCAAAUUCACUCGUCGAUUAAAAAGUCGUAUGAAUACGUUAUCAAAAGGUUCACCAUCAAUUUCAAUUCCAAUCAAUAAUUAUCAGAUUAUUCCUGUGUCGUCUUUAUGGACAAAUACUCAAGUAACUUCACCAAACCGCAUGGUAACACUGAUUAAUACCAAUCCUACUUCGAUUAAUACUGCUUUAUCAUCACUAAUCACACCAUCAUCGAUAAAUCAACAACAACAACAACAACAACAGAAUACACCUGUUUAUCCAUCAUAUAAAUCAUUUACUACUCCUCGUGUAACAACGACACUCAUUCCACUCAAUGUAUGUCCUACUGAACAUUGUCAAACAGUAAAAUCAACACCAAUACCAUCGAUUAAUAUCAUAAAAAAUAAUCAAGAACAGAAUAUGUUAGAAAACAAAUCAAAAGGCACUAUAACAACUCAUCUAAUUGGUGAUUGGAUAAUACGUGAAAGUUCGGAACCAUUUCAACGAAAAGAAAAUGAACGAUUAACACCAAUAGAACAAAUUGUUAAUCAAGAUAAAAAAGUCAUUUCUAACGAAUCUAUUACUUCUUUUUCAUCUUUGGCAAAAAAUAUUAACCAGUGGAGUAUCGAUGAUGUGUGUUCAUUUUUCGAACAUGUUCUUGGAAAGAAUUGCUAUGCAUCCAUAAUCAAAGAACAUUUAAUCGAUGGAGUAGCUCUUACUCUUCUACAAGAUGAACACCUUAAUAGUAUUUUUAAAAUGCAAUUGGGACCUCGAUUGAAAUUACUUAAUAGUAUCGAUAAACUUAAAAAUGAUGAUCUUUCUGUUUUAUAA